CUUUGGAGUUUGGACCCUGAUUCCCGACGAGUCUGAGGACCAGGCUAGUACUUGGCAUUUCGCAUCUUCAGUUGCAGGAUCUCAAUUGGACUCAUCGCGCCAUUGGUUAUCGCCUAUCCUCUUUAUUCUACCAACCUCGCGACUGAACAUCCCCCGUGUCGCCCAGCAAUAGCGGAUACCCUGCCAAAGCCAGCCACGAUGCCGCCCAGGAAACGAGGGCGUGGUGGCGCGCACGCUGCCACUGCUGCCACACCGGCACGCGACGACGACAAAAUGGACAUUGACACGCCUAGACCCGACGACACCAAGAGCGCAUCCCCGGAGAAGUCGUCCGCCAUCGAUCCAAACGAUUGCUGGACGGACGACCAGGUGGCUUCGCUGUUCAAGGGUGUCAUCCGCUGGAAACCUGCCGGCAUGCACAAGCAUUUUCGAAUGCUCGCUAUAUCAGAACACCUGCGGAAUCAUGGCUUCGACCCCGAUUAUCACAGACACACGCGCAUCCCGAACAUUUGGAAGAAGCUCGGCACCUACUACAAUCUCCAAGCCAUCGACGAGCGAGAGAGCUUUGACGACGAUGAACCCGACGACAGAUAUCUCGAUUUCCAGCUACCACUUCCCAUCUUCUACGACGCGAUCAUGGAGCGUGCCAGGGCCGAUCCCAGCGAAACAAAAUCGUCUCCGGCAGCAUUCGACCCUGAAGGGCCGAUCCCUUCCUCGCCGCCCAAGAAACGCAAACGCGCAGGCACGGGGUCGAGAACAAGGGGGACAUCACGAGAGGAUACUGAGGAGGUUUCGGUCGCGCACAACGAGAAACCUGCCGGACGGAGGUCUCGUGGACGCACCAGGGCUGCUAGCAACGCUGCCAAGGCAGAAAAGGCUGAGUCAACGGAGGACGAGGACGAGGAGGAAGACGAGGAUAGCGAGGACGAGGAUGGAAACUCGAGUCAGGAGGAGAAUCACAGUGAAGAGGAAGCUGCAGCGACGCCGUCGGCCAGGCCCACCCGGGGAGGCAGAUCACGCGGGCGAGGCCGAGGUAGGGGCGGGCGCCGGCGUGGCCGAUGAACCAGCAUAAGGAAGGCUUCCUCGACAGAUAGUAUAUUAGAGCU